AUGCGUUGUCGUUGUGGAUCAAACAAGGUUGAGGCCGAUGCCGCUUCAGGAACUACCUACUGUGUAGCAUGUGGUGAAGUCCUGGAAGAAAACAAUAUCGUUGCGGAAGUGCAGUUUGCCGAAAUGUCUGGCGGUAAAACUGUGCUUCAAGGUACAUUCGCCGGUGAAUCAGGUCGUAUUACCUCCGCUGGCACCUUUGGCCGUCAUCGUGGAAAGGAAGGCCAAGAACAAGCAGUCGAUAAUGGUCGACAAAAAAUUGCGAGAAUUGCCCACGCUCUUCGUUUACCGGAACGUUAUCGAGAGGCUGCGCAACGUUAUUAUAAUUUGGCUGUGGCGAAUCGAUUUACCCGCGGUCGUAAAAGUGACCAUGUGGCUGCCGUCUGUCUGUAUAUUGUUUGCAGAAAUGAACAAAGCUCCCAGAUGCUGAUCGAUUUUUCUGAUCUGCUACAAGCAAAUGUAUUUGUACUUGGUUCAACCUUUCUGAAACUUGUACGUGUGCUGGUAUUGAAAUUGCCCCUUAUUGAUCCUUCCAUCUACAUCUCUCGAUUCGCCGCAGCAUUGGACUUUGGCGAUUACACCCAGCGAGUCGCCCAUGAUGCCGUACGACUGGUGCAACGUAUGGAUCGUGAUUGGAUUCGUACCGGUCGUCGUCCCGCCGGUAUCUGUGGUGCAUGUUUGCUAAUUGCAGCCCGUAUGAACGGUUUCCGUCGAACUACUCGUGAAAUGAUUUAUAUUGUCAAGGUAGCGGAUGUCACUAUCCAAAAGAGAUUGCAAGAAUUCAAAUUGACCGAAUCAUCCAAACUCUCGAUGCGUGAUUUUCGAACGUUAUGGCUGGAAACGGAAGCGGACCCGCCUGCUUUUACGAAAAACCGAAAAAAGCAGAAAAUGGAAGAACUCGAGGAAGGAGAAGAGGCCGAAAUCGAAGUCGAAAGUAGAAGAGGAUCUUCGGUCAGCAGAGUGAGAUUCCUCAACAACUUCUCCGAAGACACUGGAUGCGUCAACGGAGACAUCGAGAAAAAUCCAGAAGAGGAAGCACAGAUCGAUCAUUUGAUCAAUCCGGACCUCGAAUCGGUUGCCAAAUCAAUGGAAAAAGAAAUCGACGAAGAUCUUCCUGAAGAAGCUGGCAUGACUGAACCUAUUGUAAUGCCCGAUCCCAGCGAUCUUCCUGAUCCGGAAACAGAUAAAGAAGCCAAAGAAUGGGAGAAUGAAUUGAAUGAAUGGAUGCACGAUAAAUCCGUCGUGGAAGCGACCGAAAAAUUAGCCUCCGAAGUGAAUAUCCGGAAAGAGGAAGAAGAGCAUCUCUCCGAUGUGGAUGAUGAAGAAAUUGAAGCAGUGAUCCUGACGCCGGACGAAGUGAAGAUUAAAACGCUCAUCUGGUACAAUGCAAACAAGGAAUAUCUUGAAGAGAUGGCAGUCAAAGCAAAGAGACUGGAAAUGGAUCGACAAAAUGGUAUCAUCCCGAAAAAGAGAGGUACCAAACGAAAGAAAUUGCCCCAAGCGUCGACUCCUGCGGAAGCGGCGAAACAGCUCAUGGUCACGAAAAAGAUUUCACGCAAAAUUAACCAAGCCGUGUUUGAUGAUAUGUUUGAAUCGCCGGAAUCGAUUGCCAAGAUCAAAGCACGCGAUACGUUCAAGCAGUCGCAGGAUGGCAAAGAAGGCGGCGAUCCCGAGACAUGGGAAGUGGUGGAAGAAUCGGGCGAUGCGCCUGCACCGAAGAAGGUCAAGGGUGACGGCAAGGAAGGUGAUGAUGCGGACGAAAAGAAGGGCAGCGAUGCUGAAGAAGAUGAAGAUGAAGAAGACAUGGAUUCGGAUGAUAUGGCGGAGGACGAAAAAUUCAUGAGAGACCAACGUGCCCAGUUUGGCUUCAAUGAAGAGGUCACUGAAGACAACUACUAUGACGAACACGGAGAUUUUGAAGAUUACGAUUAG